UCAGUAUCAGUGUACGUAACUGUUCUACAAAUUAACCCCACCCGAAAAUUGACGGAUGCAAAAGCAAUCUUGUUAUUAUACCAAAAAGUUCCAACUUGUUACAAAUAUAAUUUUAAAUGGAAAGUGAUUUAAGUUACAUAUCAGAAAUAAAAUAUUUGUGAUAAUUAAUUUUUGUUCAGUUUCCGUAUAUCGAUUGUGCAACAAAAUUGAGAAAAUUCUAUCAAACAUUAGUUUUUCAGUGUUCAGUGCAUAUUAUCUAGUCAUAAAAAAAAGGUGUAAUCGACGCUGCUGGUCGGUGGUGUGACACAGAUUGUAGCAGGAUGUCGCAUCACAGCGAUGAUAAUAUGCUGGUUGCGACAAGUGAUUCAUUUUGGGAGCCAGGGAAUUAUAAGCGUACAACAAAACGUAUUGAAGAUGGUUACCGAUUGUGUAGUGAGUUAAUGACACUUGUUCAAGAACGUGCUGAUAUUGAAAAAGCGUAUGCGAAAAGUUUACGAGCAUGGUCAAAAAAGUGGAAUGACUUAAUUGAAAAAGGUCCUGAAUAUGGAACAACUGAAGCUGCUUGGAAAGGAGUUUUAGUAGAAUCAGACCGGUUAUGUGAUUUACACCUACGAGUACGCGACAAUUUAUGUAACGACGUUAUACAACAAGUAAAAACAUGGCAAAAAGAAACGUAUCACAAGUCAAUGAUUCACAUAAAAGAACGAAAAGAAAUGGAAGAUCAUUUCAAAAAAGUUCAAAAACCAUGGUCAAAAUUAUUACAAAAAGUAGAAAAAUGUAAAACAGAUUAUCAUAAUUCAUGUAAAACUGAACGAUCGGCAUCUAAUCAAGAACGUAACGCAUCUGGAGAUAGUUCACUUUCACCAGAUCAGAGGAUUACAGCGGUAAAGAAAAUGGCAGAACGUGUACAAAAAAGUAAAGAGGAAGUGCAACGCAGUAAAGAAAAAUAUGAAGCGGCUUUACAGGAAAUAAAUGGUUACAAUCCAAAAUAUAUGGAAGAUAUGACGGAUGUAUUUGAUAAAUGUCAAGAUAUGGAAGCUCACAGACUACAAUUUUUUAAAGAAAUACUUUUUGGCGUUCAUAAGUGCCUAAAUAUUAGCCAAGAUCCAGUAUUACCUCAAAUUUACGAAGAAUUUUAUCACACAAUCAACAACGCAGAUCAUGAAAAAGAUUUAAAAUGGUGGUCGAAUAAUCACGGAGUAAAUAUGGCAAUGAAUUGGCCACAAUUUGAGGAUUACACAGAAGAAUUUAGAGACAUAUCAAAAGGCAAAUCAAAGGAAUCACUACCAGCUGGCAGUAUCACAUUAAUCAAUCAACGACCAGUCGGCGAGGAAUUGCAUGAUUAUUCAACUCUAAAUAAUAAAACAGCUAAACCAAAACCAACGACUGUAGCACGAGUAAACACAGAAACAAAUUCAAAUAAUAAAUCAGAAUCAGUGAAUUCAAAUUCGAAUUCUAAACCAAGUUCAGAAAAAAUAGAAUCACCAACUAAUCGAGCUUCAACAAUCACAAAUGGUACAGCUGCUUCUGGUAAAGAACAGAAUCCAUUCGAUGAAGAAGAAUGGGAUGAAGGUGAUGCAUCUGAUGCGCUGGUCGAUACAGGUGAACCUGGUGUUCCUGUUAAAGCUUUAUACGAUUAUGAAGGUGCUGAAAGUGAUGAACUUACAUUUAAACAAGGUGACGUAUUUGAAAAAUUAGAAGACGAAGAUGAACAAGGCUGGUGUAAAGGACGAAAAGAUGGACGUGUUGGCCUAUAUCCAGCAAAUUAUGUUGAAGUUGUGUAGAAAUUAUUGUUAAUUUAUGUUUGCGCUGCUAUU